AUGAGUGAGUGGUUGCUGGAGGUUCCUGCUAGCCACUUGGAGAAAUCAAUUGCAAAGAAGAACCCACCGUUUGAUGGAAGUUUUAGAAGUGGAGCAAGUGGUGCCAGGGGGUCAAGAGAUGCAGGACCUGGUUCUGGAGUAAAAAUUCAAAUCUAUCCCAUCAAAAUCAGUGUAAAGAAUCAGCUUGAGGGGCCACGUUUUGAUCCCAAGGUCAAAGCUAUUCCCAUCUCAGAGGGAGGAACCUUCUACAACAAUGCCGAGGUUAUAGGUAGCUAUCCUGCAAUAGAUGAAGACACUGGAAAAGUAGCUGAGAAUGUCAGGUAUGCCAAAGUCUCAGACCCUGAAAACUGGCGGACUAUUGACUCAGAGACAGCUGAGAUCAAACUCAACAAGAGACCUGAUAGGGAGUCUCCAUACCUGGUCAAUGGGACAUAUUUUGCCAAAGUACUCUGCAUUACAGAAGACACUGCAGCUAUUUUGCGGGCUCAGGAGACCGUGGGGCCUGGUAUCUACAUGGUGGAAUUAGUGGUAAAAGAUCAGCAGGGACAUUUCUGUCCAGAACCACAAAAAAUGACAGUUCAAAUUUGCAGCUGUGAGGAUGGAGUCAUAUGUGGAAACAAUCAGCCAAUCAAAGGAGCACGAUUAGGAUCUGCAGGGAUUGGGACACUAGUACAGGGCCCAUUGCUGGUGCUGCUACUUGGUCCUCUGCUGCUGAUAUCCUGUCACUGUAGACAUGCUGCAAGAGAUUUGCCCACAACGAAUACUGUCAAGGUUAAAAUUCGAGCUGAGGCUCAACAAGAGGUGGAGGAAUUGACGCUGGAAUAAGUCUGCCUGACAAUUUUCUUAUACACUGUUAAACUCAGAAGACUUUAUCGGACUCAUCUCGGACGGGGAUGAGUCUGCCUACAG